UUGACAAAAUCUCAAGACAAAUAUAAAAGAUGAAGGCUUUCCUCUUCCUCAGGUAGUCUCAUUCCCACACUUAAAUUUUCUUCAAAGCGAUGCCUAAUUUGAAUCGAAUGGUUGAAGAAACAAGCGAUAGCGGUGUACGAGCUAUUAUGGGAUGUGUUGACGACGGGAUGUCGCUGUUAAAUGUCCACAAUAGAGAAGACAAUAAUCAUGGGAAAUUAUCUACGUUUUUUGGUGUCAUCAUUCCAUGUAUACUGUCCAUGUUUAGCAUCAUCCUUUUCUUACGUAUUGGAUACCUCAUUGGUCAGGUUGGCUUUAUUGUUUCAUGUUUGCUACUGUUUGUUGCAUAUUUUGUGACCGGCCUCACAACACUGUCUGUCUCAGCCAUAUCAACCAAUGGUAAUGUAAAAGGAGGUGGUGCUUAUUUCAUGAUUAGUCGAGCUUUGGGACCUGAAUUUGGUGGCUCUAUUGGAGUUAUAUUUUAUGUUGCAAAUAUCUUCUCAUCUUCUCUUUAUCUUAUUGGUUUUAGUGAAGCUAUCAUAAGUGCAUUUGGAAAAAACACAGGAGCACUAAAACAAGAUAUUCCUACUGGUUAUUGGUAUGGCUUUUUGUAUCGUUCGAUUGCGUUGCUCUUUAACUUAAUCAUCUGUCUUGUCGGUGCAGGGAUGUUUGCCAAAACAACUUUCUUCAUUUUUCUUGGAGUCAUGAUAUCAUUAGGUUCAUCAUUCGUAAGUUUUUUCAUUCACAAGUCGCAGUACUUCCACGACGUCCCCACCGAGAAUUGUUUAUUUGGGAAUAAUACUCCAUCCUUAUUGUAUACCGGUUUUAAUUGGACAACACUAAAGGGAAAUCUCUGGGUUGAAAGCACAGUAGAUUAUCAGACAAAUCAUGUACCUACAAUUUUAACCAUCUUUGGCGUCCUUUUUAAUGGAGUCACUGGAGUCAUGGCUGGAGCCAAUAUGUCCGGUGAUUUGAAGAAUGCUGCUAAAUCUAUUCCCAAGGGAACUUUGGAAGCGUCUGGUUUUACUUUUGUUAUGUAUUUAUUAUUAGUGUUUUUUACGAGUGCCACAUGCACAAGACCUUUACUUGUUAAUCAAUACAACUAUCUACAGGUUAUCAACAUAGAACCUGUAAUGACUACCAUUGGUGUGUUUUUGGCAACACUGUCAGCAUCAUUGAGCUGUCUUAUAGGCGCAACCAGAGUUUUACAAGCUGUUGCAAACGACAAUUUGCUUGGUUCGUACGUUGCUUACCUUGGUAGAGGUUAUGGUAAAAAUAAUGAACCAAUCUGGGCUGUUCUUGUCUCUUGGAUUUUUGUUCAGUUGGUCAUUCUCGAAAACCGAGUGAAUGCAUUGGCUCCAAUAGUGAGCAUGUUCUUUCUUCUCUCCUAUGGUGUCACAAAUCUUGCUUGUUUUGUCCUUAAAGUCUCGUCAGCGCCCAAUUUCAGACCGACAUUCCAGUACUACUCAAAAGGAACAGCCUUUCUAGGAAUGGUGUCUUGUUUUGCUAUAAUGAUCGCUGUUGAUCCUCGUUAUGCAUUGAUCUCUGUCGCCAUAAUGAUUAUCAUAUUUUUGGUUAUAACAUACCGCGCUCCGAUAACACCCUGGGGUGACGUCAGCCAAGCUGUUAUAUAUCACCAGGUCAGAAAAUAUCUGUUAAGAUUGAGUCCUCGACAAAGUCAUGUGAAGUACUGGCGACCUCAGAUCUUGUUACUCGUUUCCAAUCCUCGCUCUUGUUAUCCGCUUAUAGAUUUUGUUAACGAUAUUAAAAAGAGUGGUCUUUACAUACUUGGUAAUGUUAUUGUGGAUGAUUUUGAUGGAAAGGCCAUAGAGCGUCAUAAAUUAGAGAUCAACCAAUGGUAUGACUUUGUUCGAUGUGCUGAAAUUAAAGCGUUUGUUGAUCAAAUUGUCGCACCAUCUAUACGAGUUGGUGUUCAAAAUUUACUGAUGUCUUCGGGUUUGGGAGGAAUGAGACCGAACACGGUCAUUUUAGGAUACUUCGAUUAUCAAGAGCCUGAAGAUUUAAUUGGUCAAGGAGUCUGGCAAAGAGCUUAUGGCAUUUUUGAAAGAAAGAAAAAAAAGCAAUUACAUUUUGAAGUAAUGGAAAAUCUACCAAAGCUAAGAUCGAAGGAUGAGCAACCGAUGAGAAUUGCGGAUUAUAUUGGUAUCAUUAAGGAUAGCUUGAUGCUGGGGAAAAAUGUUUGUGUUGCUAGAAAUUUUGUGUCGUUGGACAAAAAGAUGAUUCCCAAAUCAUCAUAUAUCGAUGUUUGGCCAAUGAACGCCAGUGAAAUUGACCAAACAUCCGAGACGGAGAAUAUCGUCGACAAGACGUACUUGCUCAUGUUGCAGUUGAGUUGUAUUUUGAAUAUGGUGCCAUUUUGGGAAAAGCGAACAAAGAUACGACUUAUAUCAAUUACACGUGAUGAUGAGAGUCAACAGAAGGAAAAGAUUCAAUUAAAGAAUUUGUUACACGAACUUAGAAUCACCGGUGAAGUCCACAUAGUUCAAGACUCCAGCGAAAAAUCCUUUAAAAGGCCAAUUGGGACUGUUGAAUGGUACGCACAUCUCAAUAGUCUGAUGAAAGUUCAUUCAGGAAAUGCAGCUGUGAUUUUUACUAACUUACCACGACUACCUGAGCAGGAAAAUCAGUACAAUAACUUUAUGUUGCAGAUGUCUGUAUUAUCAGAUAAUUUACCGCCAAUACUCAUGCUUCGCGGUGUCUCUUCUGUUAUUUCUUUGGAACUAUGACGAACUGUUUAAUCCAGAUAUUGAACACUAUUUCACAUGUUCAUCUGAUAAUUGAAAGAUUUUAGGUCGUGAUCGAAUUAAUUAAGAAUUGUUAAAUUAACUAUGAAAAAUGUGCAAUUUGAAAAAAAAUCUCGCGUCAAUGAA